GUUGGUUGGAAACCCUCCGCACUCCCUUCUUCUAUCCCAACCCCCGCGCCGCGCCUCCCUUUUGCUACGUGGUGCCCGCGCUGCGUGUCCAAGCUAGGAAAGAUGUGGAGCCGCCGGGGGCUGCUUUGGGCCGCGCUGUGCGUCCUGGUGGCCCCAGGAACGCGGGCGCAGUACGAGCGCUACAGCUUCAGGAGUUUCCCGCGGGACGAGCUGAUGCCCUUGGAGUCCGCCUAUCGCUAUGGCCUGGACCAGUACACCAACGAGAACUGGCCCGAGAGCGUCCACUACCUGGAGGUGAGCCUGAGGCUCUACCGCCUCCUGCGGGAUAGCGAGGCCUUCUGCCACCUCAACUGCAGCUCCGUUCGCAUGGAGGAAGAGGCCCCCCGGGAGGCCGCCGCCGCCACCGGUGGGGGCAGCCCGGACACCCCCGAGCUCCUGAACCCCGACCGUUUCGACGGCUUCCCGGAGCUACGCUACUUCGGGGACACGCUGCGCCGAGCGCAGUGCCUCAAGCGCUGCAAGCAAGGGCUGCCGGCUUUCCGCCAGUCGCAGCCCAGCCGGGAGGUGCUGGAGGAAUUCCGGCGCCGCGAGCCCUACAAGUUUCUGCAGUUCGCCUACUUCAAGGCAAAUAAUCUUCCCAAAGCCAUUGCAGCAGCACACACAUUUCUUCUGAAACACCCUGACGAUGACAUGAUGAAGAGAAAUAUGGCAUACUAUAAAAGUAUGCCUGAUGCUGAAGACUACAUUAAAGAUUUAGAAACAAAAUCAUAUGAGAAUCUCUUUGUCAGGGCAGUUAGGGCAUACAAUGGAGAAAACUGGAAGACUUCCAUCACAGACAUGGAGCUGGCACUUCCUGAUUUCUAUAAAGCCUAUGAUGAUUGCAUAGCUGCCUGUGAAGGUCCACGGGAGAUCAAAGAUUUUAAAGAGUUCUAUCUGUCUAUAGCAGAUCACUACACUGAAGUUCUUGAGUGCAAACUGAAAUGUGAAAGUGAUCUGACACCUGUCAUAGGAGGCUACAUCGUGGAGAAAUUCGUGGCAACUAUGUACCAUUACUUACAGUAUGCCUACUAUAAGUUGAAUGAUAUGAAGAACGCAGCACCCUGUGUUGCAAGCUACAUGCUCUUCGACCAGAAGGAUGAAGUAAUGAAACAGAAUCUGGUGUAUUACCAAUACCAUAAAGACAAAUGGGGGCUCACAGAUGAAGACUUUCAGCCUAGACCUGAAGCAGUUCGGUACUACAACAUAACAACUCUUCAAAAAGAAAUGUAUGAGUUUGCUAAAGAACAUGUGAUGGAUGAUGAUGAAGGUGAAGUACUAGAAUAUCUCGAUGAACUCCUAACAUUGGAUGGUGGAACACAGUGACUGUGAACAAAGGACAAAUAUGACUCUUAAGAAGCAAAUACCCAGCACUUUUCCUUUACGUCUCUAUGUAUCACCUUUAGCUCAGGUGUUAGGUAUACCUCAGAUCUUUACUAAGUCUGCUCAGCUGAUAAUUGAAUCUUCCUGUGAGUUCUCCACAUGCCACACACUUAAGUUUUCGUUUUUGUUUGAAGUUUUUGCAGAUAUCCUAACCAUUACUAUUUUGAACAAUUCACACCCUUCCUUCUAUAUAUUGUACAAUGCAAUGCAUAGGCACCACAGCCUGGUUGAAGCAUAAAGAUGAUUUUAAUAAGAGUAGGCUAUACAUAUAUUUGCAAGAUGCUCUGGGGACAUUUUUGUUGAACAGAAUAAAAUCUUUCCCCUUAAUAAAUAAUAACAAAAGUAAAAGGAAAGAAAUAUUUCUCAGGUUUUGGAAAGCUAUAUUGUUUAUGCAUUUUUUUUUCUCUGCAAUCACAUUACUGAGCCUGAAGUUUUAUGCUUCUCUAUCUGGGUGUAAGGCCUACUGAAUUUGGUGGGAUUUCAGAGUAUACAUGGCCAGUACUGUACUGUAAACUGGCUGGAAAAAAAUCUGUGACCUUAAUUUAUCUAAACAAGCAUUUUUCAGGCAUUUUCUCUGUGCCUUAAGUACAUUUGGCCAAUGCAUUGAUUGCAUGCUCAAGAUAAGACAGAAGGAUAGGGGGUGUUAUUUUGAGGGAAAAUUGUUUAUACUUUGUUUUCAGUAUCUACUAGUGAAAGUAGAUCCCAUUAAAUUCAUAAGGCUAGGUACUACUGUAUAUAGAUUUGCCUGAAGCAACUUCAUUUAGGAUUUAAAAUGUAAUCCCACGCAGAGAGAGAAGUCACAUUCAGUUCAUUGAAGCUUACUUCAGAUGUGUCUCAAAUUGUGAUAUUAACAGUAUCAGUAAUGCAGUUAUUUAAUUUUAUUUAGAGCUCUCCUCUAAGACGUGUGCCUUUUUACAUGACAGUGGUGAAGGUCUUCCUGUGUAGUUGUGUUGGCAGAAGGGAAAUGAUGUGCCUUCUGGUGUCAAAUUGCUGCUAAUUAAUGAAUACCUGCUUUAUUUAUGGGUCAAGUCCCAAGCCCCCUGGCUGGUGUGUAGUGAGGAAUACAAUCAGGACUUCUUGAUCAGUAGCAGUUUGUUACAACAUUUACCUUUUGCCAGUGUAACUAUGUGAAAGCAUUUUGGCCAAUAUCUAUUACUUCACUUACAUCAACAUUCUUCUUGAUCACCUCAUCUGCUGAUUGGGACCAUGAAUAUCUUCCCCGAAGUCUUGCUCUAAAAACACCAUUGUAUAGUACCAUCCUUUAUAUGUUCACUCAAACAUAAGCAUCACUGACAUCAGUGACAUUUACUUUCAAGUACAGGAUGCAAUAUCAGUCCUGUAAAGAAUUCCUCACUCAUAUGGCUAAUUCAUCUAAUUUUAACAUUCCAAAUACAGUGGUGCCUCGAAUAGCGAGCGCCUCUAUUAACGAAGAAACCGAAUAGCGAUGUGGUUUUGGGGGCAUUUUUUCGCCUUGAUUAGCGAUUUUUCCUAUGGGCGAUUUUUGAAUAGCGAUCUUCAGGACCGUGCUUCGAAUAGCGAGUCCAUUUUAGGUCCCCUGUUUUCGAUUAGCGAGUUUUUAAACAGCUGCGUGAUCGCUAUUUUUAAAAGGGUUUAAAGUUAAGGUUUAGGGUUUGAAAUGUUUGAAAUCGUAAAGUGCACUGAAUAAACCCUUUGAUAACCCAA